AACCACACAUUUGCGAUAGCGGAUGGGUACAUAAAUAUCGAUCUAACGACCAAAUACAUUUGCCAGGACACCCUUUCUUUCUUUCUAGUGCUGGACGUGAGACGAUCAUUGAUGAACAUUCAACAAAGGGCCGCUUUUGAUAUUUCCAAGUAUUAUUAAUUGGGCGCCCGCCAGGUGAGAAAAACGUUACAUUGGUGGGAGCGUUAACAAAUACAAAUAUAGUCCGUAUUUGCGUCCCACAACACUAAACGAUCAGUCACGGCCGCCCGCCCGCCCGCCGGGGAAUCUUGGUAGUUGUUGUUUGAUGUUCAAAUCCCAUCACCCGCUCGCCUCUAUAUAUACAGUCAGUCUCAGUCAGUGCUAACACCUACUCGUUGAUUACAAAGAAAAACCCCACUUUCCCAUUUCCGUCCCUUACUUGUCUCAGUCUCUCAGUUUCCCAGAUCAGUCACUCUCACCGCCGAUCACUACCCGCCCACCGCCAGGUAAUGACAAGAACAUUGUUAUUAUUCAUCUUCGUUCUUUCCCCCCGAUCUCCGGCGAACUCUAAUCCCUCCGGGUUUUAAUCUGUCCCUGUUUCCCCCGCUCUCUUUUGCUUCAAUGGGUUCUGCUGAAUUGGACUUAUAGUCCAAGUUUUGGGUGAAAGUCGAACUCUUUCUUUCUUGCAAGUGAAUUUAAUUUCCUUUUGGACUCUUUCUUAAGUGGCGGAUGCUUUUCCUUUUCCUGACUGACAGCAAAACCUGAGAAUGACUGUUCCCUUUUCAUCGGAUUCUGUGUGUUAGGUUAAGCUGAGAACGACCUUUCUGCAUUCUGUUGAUUCCUCCUUUUGUAGGACUGCAGAGUUCCAUCUGAAGCAUAUCCAUGGCCCCAGCUUCAGAUAUUAAGCCCAAAGAUGUUUGCAUUGUUGGAGUUGCAAGAACUCCAAUGGGUGGAUUUCUUGGUUCAUUGUCGUCUGUUCCUGCAACCAAGCUCGGAUCUAUAGUCAUUCAAGCUGCACUUAAGAGAGCCAAUGUCGAUCCUUCGCUAGUCCAGGAAGUCUUCUUUGGCAAUGUACUCAGCGCGAAUUUGGGCCAGGCUCCGGCCAGGCAGGCUGCAUUGGGUGCAGGAAUAGCCAAUACAGUCAUAUGCACGACGGUCAACAAAGUUUGUGCUUCCGGCAUGAAAGCAACGAUGCUUGCGGCACAAAGUAUUCAGUUAGGGAUCCACGAUGUUGUUGUAGCAGGAGGCAUGGAGAGCAUGUCGAAUGUACCCAAGUAUCUGGCAGAAGCAAGGAAGGGAUCCCGACUCGGGCAUGAUUCACUAGUAGAUGGGAUGCUUAAGGAUGGAUUAUGGGAUGUUUAUAACGAUGUUGGCAUGGGUAACUGUGCUGAAAUUUGUGCAGAACAGCAUUCCAUCACAAGGGAGCAGCAGGAUGACUAUGCUGUGCAAAGUUUUGAGCGUGGUAUCGCUGCACAGGACAUUGAUGCCUUUGCGUGGGAAAUUGUUCCGGUUGAAGUGUCCGGUGGAAGGGGAAAGCCAUCAACCAUUGUUGAUAAAGAUGAAGGUUUAGGGAAGUUUGAUGCUGGAAAAUUAAGGAAGCUCAGACCGAGUUUCAAACCGAAUGGAGGAACCGUUACAGCUGGGAAUGCUUCUAGCAUCAGUGAUGGUGCUGCUGCUCUAGUUCUAGUUAGCGGAGAGAAGGCACUGAGCCUCGGAUUACAAGUGAUUGCAAAGAUCUCUGGUUAUGCUGAUGCUGCACAGGCACCAGAACUUUUCACCACAGCUCCAGCUCUUGCCAUACCUAAAGCCAUCUCGAAUGCUGGAUUGGAUGCUUCCCAAGUCGAUUACUACGAGAUAAACGAAGCUUUUGCAGUUGUAGCCCUUGCAAACCAGAAGCUGCUCGGUCUCAACCCAGAAAAGAUCAAUGUGCAUGGCGGUGCAGUCUCCCUGGGGCAUCCACUGGGAUGCAGCGGAGCUCGGAUCUUGGUUACCCUUUUGGGAGUGCUGAGGCAGAAGAACGGGAAGUAUGGCGUCGGUGGCGUGUGCAAUGGAGGUGGUGGGGCAUCAGCUUUGGUUUUGGAGCUUCUCUAAGAAUGAAUCAUUGAAAGAUUCGCAGGAGUUGUAGCCGUACUCUUUUAAUAUUGUUUCUCAUUGUGAGAUGUUUUGGUACUUGUACCACUUAAAAUUUGAGAAUUGUGGUAGUUGUAAUAUUCAAGAGAGCGGAUCAGGUGCAUAAUAAUUUUGUGGUCAAUAACCCUAUAAAAUUUAUCACAUCAGAGUCACAUCACCAUAUAUAAAAGGCUUUUAAUCAUUCUCCUAUAAAUUUUAACAGGCUACUUAUAAAAUUUAUCACAUCAGAGUCACAUCACCAUAUAUAAAAGGCUUCUAAUCAUUCUCCUAUAAAUUUUAACAGGCUAU